CAAUGUCUCCAACCUCUCGAGCCCCAACGUGUGCAAGGUGCAGAAACCAUGGUCUUUUCAACCCUCUUAAAGGACACAAGAGGUGGUGUAAGUGGCUGAACUGUCAGUGCGGUAAGUGUUCUCUAAUCUCCGAGAGAAGGAGAGUUAUGGCAGCUCAGGUAGCUCUCAAGAGACAAGAAGAAGCUGGGGUGGACAACCAGAACCAGAACCUCGUCGGUUUAUUUGACGCGACAAUUCAACCCAAGCAGAGGAACCCAACCUAUCUUUACUCGCUCGUCCUGUUAAGAGAGCUGUUCCCUGAACAAACCAACUCCGUAUUGGAACACGUCCUUUUCGCUAAUAAUAACGAUGCAAUAAAAUCUAUAGAAAUGCUGCUGAACAUAUUCGGACCUCGCCAGUCCCGAUCAGUGACAGAUCAGCUGAGUCAACGCUACUUAGAGCAAAUAGCAACGCUAAUGUCACAGAGCACGGUGUCACAGCGUGGGAUGUCACAAAGUGACAGGAGACGCCCGAACACCACCACCACUUCACCCCCAGACAGUGUCACUUCCACCAGCUCUCCCAAACCUUUCUCCCCUGUCAUCCUCACUCAGAUUCUCAGUAGUUUGGUCAAGUGAACUCACGUGGUAACCCCUGGUUACAUACCAAAGUAACCGUGGUGAUUAAAGUGAUCAUUACUUCAAGAUGAAGUGGUUAGUUCUAGUGCCGAUGUUACUAUUUGACAGUGAAUAGAUGUCAAAACCCUAAUUGGUGAUACUGUUCGGACCCUGUUAUGAGGAGAAACAGUGCAAUAUACACGAAACUGCGGACUUAUUUAAACGAACAAUGUAAUUUAUGGCAACGUUUUACACAGUUAGAAGACAAUUGUACAGCCAAGAAGGACAAUAAUUGCUUUGUUUAUCUGUCUUGGCCUACAGUAAUGUGACACGUAUGUUAUUUUAUCUUGCUGUGACACUCUCAAUUAUAAUCUCUAGUUCUAUCUGUGUUUUUAGAUGUCUCGUUCCUUUUCCCAACUAGUAAUGUUAAGUGUGGUGUUAGCGUUAGUGUUGUUCAACAGUGUUGCAAGUGAGAUAGAUCCUAAGCGUGAGUUUCAGAAAUGUGUGGAGAA